CGCUGACAACGUCAACCGUAACAACAACAACAACAGCUACUGUAUUGCUAGCAGCGCAAACAUUAAUACGUCUGCCGCUACGCUGCCUGAAAAACAGAACAAAAACAGUGAACAUAUUAAGUCGGCUGUGCAGACUGGUAUGGAUCGCCACAUUCAAAGCAAACGGAGGACGAGCACCCUAAAUUCUCAACGCAAAAUAACCCGUGACCCCAAUGAGGUUGAGGCGGCCGAAUCUACUGAAGUCGAGAAAAGGAAGCCAAAGCCUCCGCCUAUUUAUAUACGAGAAAAAAGUUCCAAUGGUCUUCUCAACAAAAUUAUUGUGCUUAUUGGCAAGGAUAACUUCCACAUAAUACCCCUUGUGAAGGGCAACAGAAAGCCGCAGCCAGAAAAUAAGCCCCUGAAGAAAUACGAAGUGCACCCUAUAUACAAUCUUCAGUUCCUGCUGCACCGCCGAAUUACAGUUGAGGAACCGCACAAACGCAAUGGUACGGUACAAUGUGCGAACUGCCAAGAAUAUGGUCAUACAAGGUCAGCCAGAUCCUCACUAGGACACGCGCUUCAAAAUUACGACCGGCUACCCCUGCCUCAAAAAAGUUCAUUUCUGCAAUCAGCAUACUAA